GCCUUUUUCUCUUUUCAACAUUUUCUACUCGUUUCCAAGUAGCGAAGAAGAAAUUUCGGCAGAUAAGUACGCGUCAAAUGAUCGGAGACGCGUCCAUCGACAGUCGAGACGGCGUCGAGCUGAUCAAAGCCCAAUCAACCGAUGGCAUUUCACUCAAAACGGAACAAUUUUCCUGUCCUGAGUCACCCGGAAAAAUACGAAUAAAUUAGAUCGAGAGACGACAAAUUUCAGCAACAUUUUUCCACCGAAAAUUCAACAAAAAAUUUUCAUCAACAAAGAUCUUUCAACCGCCAAGAAUUCCCCGAUUACUGGCUCGAACGAGCGUUUUUUACCAUCACCGAAGCGCGGAGAAUCAACAAAGGUUUUGUCGAGCCAACGGACUCGAUUUCGUUCACCACGAUUCGUGGGUCCAAAUUCGAUCGAGGAAUCUCGUUGCACAUUUCAAAGGGAAAUGAAUCCCGGAGUCCUCUCGCUGAGCGAAAUAAACUGGGAUUUAAUAGAAAAACAAUUAUUAUUAUUCGCUCCGUUUGCCAAGGGAACAGUAAAAAAUAAACCGUGACACUUGUGAAUUAUUCCUGCUUGACGGCAAGAUAACUUUCGUGAAAAGUGGUUUGUAUAACAGAGGUGAACACAUUGCCGAAAGAGGGAGAGAAAAGGGGGCAGGAGGAGAAGGACAAAGAUUAAGGGGAGCACGGAGAUCGGGAGGAAGAAAGGGGAGGGUGAAAGACGAGUCUGACGAUGGUCCAUGGUGCUCUGCGGUGGAUGGUGGUGCAGGGUGCAACGUAAAGUGGUGGGGGGCCUGUCAGUCCUCCCUUCUCCCUCUUGCCGUUUCCCUCUCUCUCUUUCCUUCCCUCUGGUAUCCUCUCAAUGGCAAAGCUUUGACUCUUAAAACACCGCAGCGUCCGUCGACACGUCGCAGUUGUAUCGCGUAGGCCUUGGAGCCUCGAGGCCCUUCGAGACUGCCUGGGAGCUUUGUCGCCGAUAUUUUUCGACCGAAAAGCAAAUAAACCGGGAAAACUGAACGAUUAUUUGGGGACUUUUGAACUUCAUGGAUGAGAGCGCUCGACUGACGCCAACUUUUUUUCGCGCUCGACCAGAAUCGAACGAUCGGACGAUCCUAAUCGUCGCUUCUGUUUUCCUCGCAUCUUUUCCCCGCCCACCACAGACCUUCUCCCGACGAGGUUUUUCGGAAAAAGUACUCAACGCGAUGGAAAACCGCACGAAUUUCGUCGCCGCCGUGGCUCUCGUGCUUUGCUGUUUGUUCGAAAGUUCACACGCCGGUAGUUGCGCCGAAUCGAAACUCUGCUGCUCGGGCAAAGAUUCCGCGUGUGUCGUGCAAAAAGCUCUGUUGAACUCGAUCGUCGAAGGCCUCAAUGACAAACCAUGCUACUGCGAUCACGCCUGUCUCAAACUCGGCGACUGUUGCACCGAUUUUAAGGAAGCGUGCGGUGUGCUGGACUGUGUCGUUUCGGGCUGGGGUCCGUGGUCAACUUGCAACAGCGAAUGCGGUCCGGGUGCCCAAUCAAGGUCGAGGAUGGUGGAGCGAGCAGCUGAAAACGGUGGGAAGCAUUGUCCUCAAUUGACUCAAUACCGAGGCUGCCAAGGCACGAAAUGUCACAAGCGGAAUCCCCAAUUGGCAUUAAAAGAAGUCGCGCUCCUCCUACCGGCGGAAUUGGGUGGCAUGCGGCACAUGAACGACAGCAACGACAUAAGGACGAACCUCCGUCUGCGGUAUCGCGACACCUCGGCAAACGACCCAUCCAAAGAGUACUGCGUGACUUUCACUGUGACGAAGGCUUCGAAACCUUGCUACAAAGAGCCGAGUCUCUCGGAAUUAACGGAAGGAACUCGAGUUUGCGUUCGCUGUCAGACGCAAGCGUUGCGACGAGUUUUGGAUUGGCGAUGCGAGGGUGACGGAGGUACCGAGGCGAUGAUAACCAGAUGGAGCAUGCUCUCGUCCCCUCACUGUCACGGCAAGUGGCUGCGAACCAAGAAGACCGGACCGGAGUGCGACACGUCGUUGUGUCAGCCCCAACCCAAUUUCAUUUUCGUAUAAAUUUCCCCCGAAUGCGGCCCUCGUAAAAGAGUGUAUCGGGCGAGUUCGUGCGCUCGCUGCAACUGAAAGAAAAAUGUGGAAGAAAAAAGUGGCGAUUAUAACCGAGCUCGUAAGUUGGAGACUAAAUUUCUAAUUCGCUGGUCUCGCCGCAGUCGCAUCGACUCAUUGUAUCUCCGAUUAUUGGCACCGAGCAGCAGAGCGAGAUGGAGCAGAUAAACGAUCGAAAAAUUGCAUUCUUUACGAUUAGAGUUUUCGCGGAGCAGGUUUUAGUCGCAACGUCGUUGAAAUAUCCUCUCGGCACAAGCGGAGUUUGAAGAGGAAAUGAAGAAACGCGCUGGAAAGUUGAACGGAUCGACGCUGCAAAAAUCCUGCUGACGAAAUAUAUACGCGUGAGUGGAAAACAGUGAAGACGAGGGCGACGAUGGUGUGUAAUAAAUAAUAACAAUAAUAGUUACAACAGGUAUAUUUGUAUGUGAAUUAUUUUAUAAAUUGAGUCCACAUAUCAAAGAUCGUAUUUUCUAGACUAUAAGCAACCGAAAAAAUGAAUGAAAUAAACAUUUGAUGAGAAAAAACGUCGUAGAUUGUAAAUGAAA